CUUGAAAGGAGCCAGCAGCAGCGCAGGGCGCAAAGCGAGUGGAGGGCGCAGAAUCAGGAUAAUGAUAUGAUGAGAAGUUGAUAUGAAGAACUAAUAUUUCCAGGAUGAAUAAAGUAAAAAUGACAUCAGAAAAAAGAUAAACUUGCCCAGUAUCUGCUGCCAUUGUGAGACCUUGGCUUUAGAGAUAAGAAAUGGAAUAGUCUGAAAUAAAAAGAUGGUUUUUGUCUAACCAACAAUUCUCGGAUUGUGAGCCUUUUGACACAGCUGGAGAAGAUCAAUGCAGAGUGUUUGGUGGAAGCAGAAACUACCAGAUAUGUUACAUCAAAGAUACUCCACCUGGCUCAAAGUCAAGAAAAAAUCAAGAAGGAAAUGACUGCCAAAGGUUCAACAGGAAUUGAAGUUAUACUCUCAACUCUAGAGAAUACACAAGAUCUUCAAACUACACUAAAUAUCUUAAACAUCCUAAUUGAGUUGGUGGCAGUGAGUGGUAGCAGAAGAACAGGUGUUCUUGUUGCUAAAGGAGGAACGCAGAUUGCAUUGCAAUUGCUUGUGAAUGUCAGCAAAGAUUCUCCACCAAAUGAAGAAUUAAUGGUGCUACUUCAUUCUCUUCUUGCAAAAAUAGGUCCAAAAGAUAAAAAAUUUGGAAUAAAAGCCAGAAUUAGUGGUGCUUUAAAUAUAACCCUAAAUGUAGUGAAACAGAAUUUGCAGAAUCAAAGGUUAACACUGCCUUGUCUCCAGUUGCUACGGGUUUAUUCAACUAAUUCUGUAAAUGCCGUGUCCUUGGGUAAAAAUGGAGUUGUGGAACUGAUAUUUAAGAUCAUUGGUCCUUUUAGCAAAAAGAAUACUAGCCUUAUGAAGGUUGCUUUAGACACUCUUGCUGCCUUACUAAAAUCAAAAACAAAUGCCAGAAGAGCAGUUGACAGAGGCUAUGUCCAGAUGCUUUUAUCAAUUUAUGUAGACUGGCACCGUCAUGAUAGCCGACACAGGCACAUGUUGAUCCGCAAAGGAAUCUUGCAGUGUAUUAAAAGUGUUACAAGUAUCAAGCUGGGAAGAAAAGCAUUUCUUGAUGUCAAUGGGAUGAAAAUUCUUUACAAUACUUCACAAGAAUGUCUUGCAGUAAGAACUCUUGAUCCACUAGUCAACACUUCCAGUCUAAUAAUGAGGAAAUGCUAUCCUAAAAAUCGUCUUCCACUACCAACCAUUAAAAGUGCUUUCCAUUUCCACCUACCUGUCAUCCCUGUAAAUGGACCGGUGGCUCAGCUAUAUAGUUUGCCUCCUGAAGUGGAUGACGUAGUAGAUGAAAGUGAUGACAAUGAUGACACCGAAACAGAAUCUGAGAUUGAAAAUGACAUUGAAGAUGACAUAGAUCAACAUUUUAAGAAUGAUGAUAUAGAGACUGAUAUCAACAAAUUGAAACCAAAGCAGGAAUUGGGACGACCCAUAGAAGAUCUGAGGAUGUAUGAACAAUUUUUCCCAGAACUUGUAGAGGACUUUCAGGAAUAUGACCUCAUUUCCAAGGAACCAAAGCCUUUUUCGACCAAUAUAACACUAGGAGGGCCUAUUGUUGUUCCUACUGCUGGAGUUGAGCAGUCUUCAGCAAACUACACAACACAAACACCUGUGAGGGAGAAUCAUCCUUUACAAGCAGAGGACUGUAAUAAAAGACCAAUCUUUUUGGGUCUGGUAAAGAGUGAUAGUAAUAUGGACAAUAGUUUACAACAUCAAGGUGAUAAAAUAAAGUUGCUUUCAUCUUGUCAGUGCCUAAACCAUGAAAUAGUAAAAGACUUUGACAAAAUUACUUUGCAAAAUACUUCCAAAAAUGAACAGUCUUGCAGUACAAGGGCCAUGACAAAAAAAGAGUGCAAGACUAGCCUCAGUGAAGCUGCCUGUAACAAACCAUUUCAACAUGUUUCAUCCUGUGGAAGUGUUUUGUGUGAGGGACGGUCAGUCCAGCUGGGAAAGCUGUGCUGUACUGGAGCCGAUCCUGAAGAGGAGGAAGUUCCUUGUUCAAUUUCUUUGGGAGAGCAAGUGAUGUUUGAGGUGCCUGAGGCAUUACAACUCCAUGACCCAGAACUUUAUAUUGAGAUUGUGAAAAAUACGAAGUCUGUUCCCGAAUAUUCAGAAGUUGCUUAUCCUGACUAUUUUGGACACAUUCCACCUCCAUUUAAAGAGCCCAUUCUUGAAAGACCUUAUGGCGUGCAAAGGAAGAAGAGAAUGGCUGCAAGUCACAUGCGAACUCUGAUGACAAAAAUUGCUCAGGACAUUGAGAGGCUGAUUCAUCCUAAUGACAUUAUAGAUAGAGUUGUGUAUGACCUUGAUAAUCGGAGUUAUACAGUGCCAGAUGAAGGAGAUGUUUUGAAGUUUAACUCGAAAUUUGAAUCUGGAAACUUACGCAAAGUUAUUCAGAUCAGAAAAAAUGAGUAUGAUCUCAUUCUGAACUCUGAUAUAAACAGCAAUCAUUAUCACCAGUGGUUUUACUUUGAAGUCAGCGGAAUGCGGACAGGCAUUGCAUACCGAUUUAAUAUAAUCAACUGUGAAAAGUCAAACAGUCAGUUUAAUUAUGGUAUGCAGCCUCUUAUGUAUUCUGUUCAAGAUGCAUUAAAUGGCCGACCCUGGUGGAUUCGUGUAGGAACAGAUAUUUGUUACUACAAAAAUCACUUUUCCAGAAGUUCAAUUGCAGCUGGAGGUCAGAAAGGAAAAUCCUACUACACCAUUACCUUCACAAUCAACUUCCCACAUAAGGAUGAUGUUUGUUACUUUGCUUACCAUUAUCCAUAUACUUACUCAGCUUUAAUGAUGCACCUUCAAAAACUGGAAUCUAUGCACAAUCCUCAGCAGAUAUAUUUUCGACAAUAUGUUUUGUGUGAGACCCUCUCUGGAAACAGUUGUCCUUUAGUCACUAUAACAGCCAUGCCAGAAUCAAACUACUAUGAGCAUAUCUGUCAGUUCAGAAACCGGCCUUAUAUUUUCUUAUCUGCUCGUGUACAUCCUGGAGAGACUAAUGCAAGUUGGGUUAUGAAGGGAACUUUGGAAUAUCUCAUGAGUAAUCAUCCUGCUGCUCAGAACUUACGAGAAUCCUAUAUUUUUAAAAUUAUUCCAAUGCUUAAUCCUGAUGGGGUCAUCAAUGGAAACCAUCGGUGUUCUUUAAGUGGGGAGGACUUGAAUAGACAAUGGCAAAGCCCAAACCUAGAUCUGCAUCCCACAAUUUAUCAUGCCAAAGGUCUGCUCCAGUAUUUGGCUGCUAUAAAGCGUUUGCCACUGGUUUUCUGUGAUUACCAUGGUCAUUCUCGUAAGAAAAAUGUGUUUAUGUAUGGUUGCAGCAUCAAAGAAACCAUGUGGCAUACUAAUCUUAAUGCUGCUUCUUGUGAUCUGAUUGAAGACCUUGGUUACAGGACUCUUCCUAAGAUUCUGAGUCAGACAGCCCCAGCAUUUUGCAUGAGCAGCUGCAGUUUCGUGGUGGAAAAAUCCAAGGAGUCUACAGCACGUGUCGUAGUCUGGAGAGAGAUAGGCGUGCAGAGGAGUUACACCAUGGAAAGCACGUUAUGUGGAUGCGAUCAGGGGAAAUACAAGGGCUUGCAAAUUGGGACCCGUGAACUGGAAGAGAUGGGAGCCAAGUUCUGUUCUGGUUUAUUACGUUUGAAAAGAUUGACAUCACCACUGGAAUACAACCUGCCAUCUACCCUCUUCGACAUUGAAAGUGAUUUGAUUGAGUCCAGCUGUAAAGUAACGAGUCCCACUACCUAUGUUCUGGAAGAAGAUGAACCCCGCUUCCUUGAAGAAGUGGAUUAUAGCGCAGAGAGCAACGAUGAGCCAGAUGUUGACUUGGCAAAUAAUGCUGGUGAUUAUGAACCCAGCCUUCAAGAAGAUGGACUUUCCGACUCUGAAAUUACACGGACACAUUUGCCUUGAGACAUCUUUGGAAAAUGAAGAAGAAAUUAAAUACUGUGGCUUCUGAAAGACGGACAGGGUGGAGUAUUUAAUGUUGUGGCUUUGCUAAAGCAAACUAACUGCAGUCUGUUUAGUCCAGUUGAAAAAAACAAUAAAUGUUUCUGGCUUUUAAAUGAAUUGACAAUUGUUUUAUUUAAAGAAUUUAGUUCUUAUCCUUAGCAUUAAAAUUGCUUCAUCACUUGAAUGCCUGCUAAAUAUUGUUGCAUGGCUUUUUGUGUUCUUCAUCCCGAGAAUCAGCAAGAAAUUGAAUAAAAGGUUGUUGGUGUGUCAGAGGGCAGAAGUUACCUUGUGACAGAUACUGGCUGUCAAGCUGGUUGCUGAAACACACAUAUACAGAAUUUUGAGCGGGGGGGGGCAGGGAGAGGAGAGACAGAGAGUGCUAACCUUUCCCACCCCUUCCCGCCUUCACAUUUUGUUGUGUCUGAUGUAAUGCAGGGGUUUUGCUAAACUGGUUCAUUUUGCACAGCUGAAUUAAAGAAAAAUGGAUGUACUUGCCAGUUUAUAUGCUGAACCUUAAAUAAAACAUUACUUGGUUUUACUACAGUCUUGAUUUAAAAUACACUCUGAAUUUAUAAUUACAUUUCUAAUUUUAAAAAAACCAAAUGCAUUAGACAAGCAAAGGCUUUUUCCCCAUCUCAAAUGGCAGAUGAGAUGUAAACCUGUGUCUAGACUUUAGACAGAAGGUGGGGGCUCACAUGAUUACACACAGAGGGCAGCAUCCAGACUUGUUAGUCAUGACUAAGCACCACUAAAAUCAAUGAGACAAGUUAAUUGUGGCUAAAUUAGUUUUAGACACAACUUAGUCUGGAUGUUGCUCAUUGAAAGCUAGCAUGUUGGGGAGAAGAUUAGACAAGGCUAGAACCCCUCUUCCCAGCAUCUGGUUUUCUGUUUGUGAUUUUCUUUUUCUUUUUUGUAUGCAGGAGCAUUCAAAUCAUGAGAGUCCCCACUUGCAGUCGUAAAGUGGUAUAUUCCUGGCACAGAUUUAGUGUCUUCUUUACUGUUUGAAAACUAGACCCAAUGUACUUGUUCAUUACCUAAAGUAUAUACCUAAGUUCCUCCCAAAGUAAAUAGUCAAUAUAAAAUUUGGAGAAAACGUGUGUCCUUGGUAAUAAGCAUAAGUAUAAAUAUUGCAGUGUGUGUGUGUGUGUGUGUGUAUUUAGUGACCUACUUGCUAGUUUCUUUUCCUCAUACUUAUGAAUACAGUGCUGAUACUCUUCAAGUUUGAAUAUGGUUUCAGCUUAUUGAAGCAGUAGGAAUAUGCAUGUCCUACUACAGACAUGACAGGUUUGCAGUUGUAGCUGAGGUUUUUGAAACAGCUCCUUCCUAAAUGUAGUGGCAUCUCCAAAAGCAUCACAACUUUUCUGCACUGGCUAGACCUCACUUGGAAUACUGGCCUAUAUUCAGACUAGUGUUAUUCUGGCCUAAGGAUAUAGCAUAUUGCACAAAUAAAGGAACAUCUGUUUCAAACUCGUUCUUGUGCAGGUAGACUAUGUUGAUGCAUUACACAGCCUUGUAUUUGUCUCAAAGGAAGUCUUCCACUAGCGGUUGUGUGGCAUUGCAGAACACUGCAAGCCUCCUGUAGGUGUAUCUUCUUGUAAUACUCUAGUCCAACCCUAAUCUGGAUGUAAGUAACUGUGUCCAGUCUGGGCACUGCAUUUUAAAAAGGGUAUUGAUAAACUGGAAUAGAUUCAGAAGAGGGCAAUGAACAUAGUGGGGUCUAGAAACCAAUUCCUGUGAGGAACAUUUGAAAGAGCUUGGGCAUGUUUAGCCUGGAGAAGAGAAGAUACAAAAGCCGUCCUCAAAUAUCUGAAAAGCUGUCAAAUAGAAGAUGGAGCAGACUUAUUUUCUGCUUUUCCCGAGACAAGAGGUAGAACCAAUGGAUUGAAAUUACAAGGAAGCAGAUUCUGGAUAAACAGAGAAAUUUACCGACAAUAGAAGCUGUUUGACAGUAGAGCAAUCUGCCUUUCACAAUGGUGGUCUCUCCUUCAGUAGAGACUUGGUGGCCAUCUGUCAGGGACACUGUAGCAGAUUCCUGUACUGAGCAAGGGGUUUGAUUAGGUCUCCAAAGCCCCCUCUAACUCUUAACACUAUGACAGCAGGCCCUGUCAUUCUCAGCUUGACACUGGGUAUGGUAAAACUGUGAUUUGAGCUCUAGAUUUCCUGUCAAAUUAAAAUGUGGGAAAGGUGAUGCGUUACUGGCAUCAAGGUCAGUCAGAACUGCUCUAACUUGCCUUUGUGCUGCCUGCACAGUUUAAACAAUCUCCUAACUAGAAAGUGAGUUUAUAAAAUAAUAUUGACAUUAUAGGCUGCAUGUCUUUCUUCUUUCUCCAACGUCUUCCUUUCUGUAGGUUUAAGUCUAACAGUUUGAAAUAAUUUCCUGUUCUUAUAUUCAAAUGUCUUUCAACCUAAUUUAUAGUCUACAGAACUAUUUUGAUGCAAGCUUGAUAUAAAACAUAAAUACUGUGAGUGUAUAGAUUUAGGUUGUGCUUUCUAUCUGCUUCUAUGGACUUUUUGAAUCAAAUAGAGAAAAUUGUAUAAUAUCAAGUUGUAUAAUACACUUAAAUAUAAUAUCAAGUUGUAUAAUACACUUUCUUCUUCACCAGUAAUACAUUUUAAUUUAAUGCUGGAAUCUUCCUUUAUAUAUAUUGUAUUUCUUGGGCAAAGGUUGCUAUUUGUGCCAACUUUGUUAGUUUAACAUGGAAUAUUAAACAACUCUUAGCUGAAGAACGACCACAAAUAUUUAAUUUUAAACAAGGCUGUCACAACAUUAAAUACUUUUUACAAAAGCCAGGAAGUCCAGGUUUCAAGUAUUCAUUGUAAUGCCGUAAUAAAUUGUGGAAAUCUUUUGUGCAUGCCCCAGAUAUAUAAUUUAUCAAAUAUAUAAUAAAGGAAUUAUGAUCACCUGA